GAAAACGGUGAAGCUGGCUGCGCCGCAGAACCCGUUCAGACAAGUGCGGCACAGCGGCCAAUCGAGCAGACACCAUCUGACACAGAGGAUGUCAUUGUCUAAUGGAAAAGGGACAGCUAGCCUCCCGGGAAGGGCCAAGCAAGCGCCCGGAGCGGCUGUGCGCCCACACGUUCAAGAGACCUGCCGUGGCUCAAACACACAGCAAUCGGCGUCAGGCAUCUGGGUAAGGACGAGGGGCGCGCUCCAGACUACCAGUGGAGCGCCAAUAAGGUUCACUUGAAUUAGGUCCUUCAGGAGGUUGCCGCAGCUCGGCAUGUUCUCGUCAAAUGCGGGCCACCGAGAUUGACGGAUAUACGUUCGGCUCAGGCCUGGAUGCACUCCAGUCGCUCUACGACGACGACCCAAACCUGCGCGGCUUGAUCCCUCCAAUAACCUACCUCAUCAGAAACACCGUCUUCCAGCCGAGAUACAACGCGAUUGAGCGGGGCAGAUUCUCGCUAUCUAUCGGACAAAGUUUAUGCCUUGCUUGGUAUAGCUCCGACGAUCCCAGGGCGGCAGGGGUAUUAGCCGAUUACGGUGCUUCGUGGGAAACGGUCUCUAGGAAACUUGUUACCUUUUCCCUCUGAAACCAGCUGUCUGUUGAGACUUAGGACGGGAAGGAGGUAGCGAUGAUCAGCGGCAAGGGUUGUGUUUUGGGCGAAGUAUCUGUGGUUGAAGGAGAUACGAUCACUUGGAAGGUCACGCCCAAAGGUCGGAGCCAGUCCUUCACCCUCCCAGCAUCAGCAAAACCAAUCCGACCACGGGAUAUCAUCUGCCUCCUCCAAGGGGCAUCAAGGCCUUCAAUCAUUAGGCUGCACAAAGAUUUCUCGGCUGUUAUCAAGAUUGCGGUUUCCUUUGUAGACAAUUCAGAUAUUCCAAAUACCAAGUGGUCAGAACGUCUAGAAUCCCUAGACGACUUCCUGCUUAUCUGGGACUGGGAUACAUCUCAGGAUCGCGUGCAGGCCAAAGAGUACC